GCAACUGGUUCAACCUGUGAAGAAACUAGGGCAAGAUAGGUAGCCGUACCUUAAAUAGCUGAGAGGCACACAAAAAUGGCGUUAGGGCUCUAACGAAAAACGAAGCCGGAUUAAAGGGCUGGGCCGCUGGAGCAAACUACUUAUCUUUGUACACACAGCACCAAGAGCAUGGAUCGGUACCAAAAGGUGGAGAAGCCAAAAAUCGAAACACCCAUUGACGAAAAUGAGAUUCGCAUCACAAGCCAAGGCAGGAUGAGGAGCUACAUCACCUAUGCCCUGACUUUGCUUCAGGAAAAAGGUUCAGAUGAUAUUGUAUUUAAGGCAAUGGGCAGAGCCAUCAACAAAACUGUCACAAUUGUGGAGUUAAUCAAGAGGAGAAUUGUUGGUCUUCACCAAAUCACAGUCAUUCAAUCCACCGACAUAACUGACACGUGGGAACCUCUUGAGGAAGGGCUCCAGACUUUGGAAACCACCAGGAAAGUCUCGAUGGUAACAAUCACUCUCUCGAAAAAGGAGCUAGACAAGACAAAUGUUGGGUACCAACCUCCGAUACCAGCUGACCAGAUGGGUCUCCUCCUGCCCGAGGAAGAGGUCGAGGUGGAAGAGGAAGGGGAAGGCCAAGACCCCAAUCUGGUAAUGGUUUUGCAUCUGGGGAGUAUGAAGAUGGAGGGUAUGAGAGAAAUCGUGGGUAUGGGAGGGGUGGUAGGGGAAGAGGUAGGGCCCGCAACUUCCGUGGGCGUGGGAGGGGAGGCUAUGGUGGUCCUCCUCCCCAGGUGGAAGAUGCUGCGGCCUACGAUCAAGAUGCACCUCGAGGACGUGGCCGUGGAAGGGGUUUUCGAGGCAGGGGUCGUGGAUUCAGAUCUAAUGGGCCAGUCCAAGCUGCUGCUUGAGUUGCUCAGGAUGCCGUUUGUAAUGAUUGUAGACUGA